AUGACCCCCUUCCUGCUGCUGUGGCUGCCACUGGCUGGAGCCAGCACCUGGAUGCCAUGCCCCGAUGGGCAGUUGUGUCCCACCACCCCGGGUGUGACCUGCACUGGUGGCCACCGCUGCUGUCCCCGAGGGUCCCACUGCAGCGCUGACGGCGACUCUUGUGUCACCUCCCUAGCCCCUCAUGCUGUCCCCUGUCCCGACGGGCAGUCCGAGUGCCCCGACGGUGCCACGUGCUGCGUGACGGCCAGCGGCGCCUGGGGGUGCUGCCCCAUGCCCCAGGCCUUGUGCUGUGCUGACAAAGUGCACUGCUGCCCCCAUGCCACCCUCUGUGACCUGGCCCAUGGACGCUGCCUGUCGCCCACUGGUGACCAUGUGCCCCUGGGCACCACCUUCCCUGCCUGGAAGCGCCAGCCCUCGGUGCCAGUCACCCUGCGCCAGGUGCUGUGCCCGGAUGGGCGCUCGGCGUGUCCCGACGGAUCCACCUGCUGCCAGCUGCCCUCGGCACAGUAUGGCUGCUGUCCCCUGCAGAACGCGGUGUGCUGCAGCGACGGGCAGCACUGCUGCCCACAGGGCACCACCUGUGACCUGGAACACUCCACCUGCACCUCAGCACGACCCCAGGCAGCCCUGCCCACAGCUGGCGAGGUGACGUGUGAGGACAGGACGAGGUGCCCCGAAGGCAACACCUGCUGCAGGCUCAGCCAGGGGGCAUGGGGGUGCUGCCCGCUGGAGGAGGCCGUCUGCUGCUCUGACCACCUUCACUGCUGCCCGCGGGGCUCCACCUGCGACCCAGGGGUGGGCAGCUGCCUGCUGGCAGGGGGCGGUGCCCAGCCCUGGCUGCGGAAGAGCCCUGCCCUGCCCCGGGCGGGGGACGUGCGCUGUGACGAGCAGACGAGCUGCCCCGACGGCAGCACCUGCUGCCGCCUCACCUCGGGGGCGUGGGGGUGCUGCCCGCUCGAGGAGGCUGUCUGCUGCCCUGACCACAUUCACUGCUGCCCGCGGGGCUCCACCUGCGACCCGGAGGGGAGCAGCUGCCUGCUGGGGGGCGGCGGUGCCCAGCCCUGGCUGCGGAAGAUGCCGGCACUGCGGCGGGGCGGGGACGUGCGCUGUGACGAGCAGACGAGCUGCCCCGACGGCAGCACCUGCUGCCGCCUCACCUCGGGGGCGUGGGGGUGCUGCCCCCUCGAGCAGGCCGUUUGCUGCCGGGACCACCAGCACUGCUGCCCCCGCGGCUACACCUGCAACGAGGCCACCCAGAGCUGCGACAAGCUGCUGGCACCUACCCCCCUGCUGCGGGCACCCCCCUCCCCACCCCGGGCAUCUGCGUCCCUCCGCUGGGCACCCCCGCACCCUUCCGCCCCGCUGCGAGCCGCCAGCCCCCAGCGAGAUGGCGCCGUGCCCUGCGCCGCCACCGGCUCCUGCCAGGCAGGGCGGAAGUGCUGCCGGAGCAGGGCUGGGUCCUGGGGGUGCUGCCCCUUCGCCCAGGGCUCCUGCUGCCUUGACGGUCGGCACUGCUGCCCAGGGGGGUCGCACUGCAUUGCUGGGGGCUUGGGGUGCACCCCCCUACGCUGGGACCUGCCUGACCCCCACAGGGUGCUGCUCUGA